AUCGCAUCAAACAGCAGACUUCAGUGUCGUCAUUAUGUGCAUUCAACCCAGCCCGGUACAGAGGCGAUUUACAGCCAUGUAUAGGGUAUAGGCUGCUGUAGAUACUCGAUAAAGGGUCUGCAAAAGGGGUUAUUUUCACCAGGGGCUGCCGGCUGCUGGAAGUGUGAGGCUGGAGAUGAGCGGUCCCCAAGGGAAUAUGUCCUCGCUGGCAGAGGAAGAGAUUGACCCUAGGAACUGCUACCAUGAUGAGAUGGUGAAACUCGUUGAGAAUGGAGGUGCCAUCAUCAUCGAAGUGAGACGACCUGAUGAGAUCGCGGCAACGGGGAUGAUGAACAGGGCUUGCCAUAUUCCUUCUGGAAGUGUGAGGCUGGAGAUGAGCGGUCCCCAAGGGAAUAUGUCCUCGCUGGCAGAGGAAGAGAUUGACCCUAGGAACUGCUACCAUGAUGAGAUGGUGAAACUCGUUGAGAAUGGAGGUGCCAUCAUCAUCGAAGUGAGACGACCUGAUGAGAUCGCGGCAACGGGGAUGAUGAACAGGGCUUGCCAUAUUCCUUUGGAUGAAUUGAAAGAAGCGUUGAGUUUACCCGACGAUGAUCUAAAAGAAAAGUACGGAGUGGACAAACCUAACCCCGAUGGGUCUAAUGUUGUAUUCACCUGUCGAAGUGGAAGAAGGAGUCUCAUUGCGUUAGAGACAGCAAAGGACUUUGGAUACACAAAAGCAAGGCACUACCCAGGCGGCUGGAACAGUUGGGUUGAGAAAAACAAGCUCUGAAUAUCACAACAGCAUCAGCUAUAUAGGGUCUCAAAAUGCCUUGAAAAUCACCCGAAUUACAAACACUAAUAAUAGUGAAAAACGGUGCAUGACGAAAAGGGUUGAACAUUGACAUUGUACCAAACAUUAUUGCUAUUCGACCCUUUCAAUGGGUGAUUAUUUCAUUUUUAGUGUUUUAAGUAUAUUUUUAAUCUAAAAUUUCCGAACUUUCCACAUCACUUCCAUAACCGUGUGGUUGUCCUUUUUCCUAUCAUUUUGAGUGUUGGUUAUGGGAAAUUGGUUAUGAAUACUUUAUUUUGAUAAAUUUGGUAUUUGUUUCAAUGUUUUUUCAUGGGCGCAUUACAAGAAACUGGCAAUCAGUUGCAAGUCAAUAUCAGAUUGGAGGUGCCGUGGCCGAGUGGUCUGAGGCGCUUGAUUGAGGAUCGGGGUUCGAUUCCCGGCACAGUACUUAUGCCCUUGAGUAAGGCAUUUUUUUAUCCACAUUGCUGUUUAUCGCACAUGAAAUAAAUGAAAAUGCUAUAUAUGCAUUAUGAACACCGAUGUGUGGACUUGUUUUAAAAAAUGAUAAUAAUAAAAAAAUGAAAAUGAAAUAAAAUCCAGAAUCAGCCACAAGUCAAUCGCAAAUUUUCAGUUGAUUACUAUAAUCUGCAUUUUGCAGUAGAAGAUAACUAUUGUUCUAUAUGCAAUAUAAUAUUAAUUUCAAAUUUCUGAUUGAUCAUUGCAAUCAAUCAUUUCUUUCAACACCCCUUUAAAUUUCUAGGAUUUGAAAUAAAUCCAGAUUGGCUGUGGAUUGGGACCAGUCUAAUAUUGGAUUUAAUUUUAAUCCGGUAUAUUAUCUUUUCAAUCUCAAAAGAUUUUAAUUCAAAUCUUGUUGCUUUAUAUUUAAAUCCAUGCACACGGUUUAAAUCUGAAUCCAAUACAGUAUUCGGCUACAUUAUUCCAGCCGAAUCUAUGUAAAAUCCUUGGAAUUUACAUUGUAUUUUAGUUACAGAGUCAAUAAAUUAUGGUAUAGUAAUAAUAGUGUAGGUACCAGCAUGAAUAUCCAUGGUUGAUGUAUCGUGAUAAAUUGUAUUCAAGCAUCAAUGUUAAGUUUUAAAGGCGGGGGUUUGGCAUGGAUAUAUGUAUUACCAGUGGGUUUGAUAACCCCAGAGUAUGAGCUGCAUCGCACAAUAUAUCGCAAAAAUGAAGUUCAUAAUUCUUAUAUGCGAUGUCUUUAACCGUCAUUUUCAGGGUGAUACAUUCGUCUGAGACGUCUUCCAUUGCAUGCUACCAUGGACCUAUCACAUGCUACAGAGAAGUUUAGAAACCAAUCUCUGGAAUUUUUGUUCAUUAUGCGAGCCCAAUAAUCAAUUUGGCGUUAAAGAGUUAAAUUAGAGGUUAAAAAUAUAAAUUAGAGGACUUGCGAGUGUGAACCUCGUCGGAACUUUACACUAAUUAAUGCACACCAUACGACUGUCCUAUCAGGGUAAAUUUAAAUGAAUUAGGAUGCUUUUCGGUGAUAAAUUUCAAGUAAAACAAUAUUACUAACUAAUGUAUAUUACAAUACUACUACUAUUACUACUGCUAUGCUAGUACUAUACUAAGGUACACAGCAAAAACUGUGGUGUUAACAGGUACAUAGAGGACCACACCAGCUAUUUUACACCAGUGUUGAAUUGACAGUGUUAGUUUAACACCUGUAGGUGUUAUUACAACACCUUUGGUUGUUACAUUUACACUCUUUGGUGUUAUGUUCAAUCUCUAGGGUGUAAUUUUAACACCCCAGGGUGUGGUCCUCUAUAAACACCAACUGGUGUCAGUUUUAACACCACAGUUUUUACAGUGUACUACUAUGCUACUAUAUACUACCCUUGUCCUACUUCUACUAAUACUACUACGUUACUAUACUAUGUACUUUUACUAUGCCGCUACUUUUACCAUUGCAGUAUUAGGAUCAUAAUAAAUGUUGCUGUUUUUAUACCGUUUGUGUAUAUACUGUACAACAAUAUAAUAUAUCAGCACUGAUGUGUUUUGUAGUGUAGAUCACAUUGUUACAUAUUCAUUAAGAUAAUUAUCUCAUCCAACUUUUAGUUUUAAUAAUGUAUGCACUGCAAUGCGUGUAAAAUGUCGAGUCUCAUUUUACAAUCGUCAGCUGAUCGUAGUUGGUAAACUAGCUACCACUAUUCUAUUCAACCCAAUUACUAUUUAUUUUUCAUAAUUAUCAAACACUUCAAUAAUUUGAUGGAUUUUCUCUUAAUCUGUCCUUUAAUCGCUUUAUUGAAAUACUUUUUACAUUCUAUAAUAUUAAUUUUACUUGCUUGUUUUUCUUUUGCUGUCCGUAUGAAAACGAACUUUUACAAUACUAACCGGCAUAAGCUCCCUCUGCAGUCGUGUCUGCUUCAAACUUUUAUUUUCUUAGUAUGAAUUUUAUGAUUAGGCCUAUAUAUGUGACAUGUUAUGUAGAACUUUGUGUAUCCUAUAUAACACAUAAUUCCAAUUUGCAGUGAAAUGUCAAGAACAUUGCUUAUUUAUUUCUGUUUAUUUCAGGUAUCGUGAUAAGGGAAUAUUUUAAACAAGUGUAUGUAUAUACUUGUACAUGUAAUUCUUUUAUAAGCACCUAUUUUGUGUCAAAACAUGCAGCAUGUACAAAUCAUAAAUGCAGGAUUUUGUGUAUAGAGUUGAGCUUCUGUUUAAUUCCACAUCGAAGUACAUGGUUUUUUUUUAAUCAUAUUAAGAUUGAGAAUAAAAUGCAAUAAUUUUAAGGCACACUGAAACAUAGAAGAUAAUUUUAUCUUAUAUUAUGAAGGUAAAUAAAGUAAAUUUUGUAUAAUAUGUAUUUUAUUAAAACUGCAUAUGUUUUUUUA